CAGAGAGAGCAUUGUAUUAACCUGCGACAUCAUCAAACCAGGCUUGCGACGACAACCAACUACCUACCUAGCCACUCCUCUAAUAGCACCUGGCGCAACGCAAGUCGCAACCUUUGCCUUACCAGCCAGCCAGCCAACCUCAAACCACAAUUAAUCACACCAUCCACCGCAACCGCCCAUCAUGCUCACCACCACUGCCUCUUCGGCUGCGGCCGUCGCGCGCCAACUCACCACCCGCCGAGUCAUUGCUCCCUCCUUCGUCUCCCAGGCCAUCCGCACCUACGCAACCCCGGCCGGUCCCCCGCCCAAGGGCUUCCGCAUUCCGGCCCCCAAGACGUGGGACCAAGAGGAGGAACACGUGCUGGACAAGAACGGACGGUACUUUCUUUUGACGGAGAUGUUUAGGGGCAUGUAUGUGGCUAUGGAGCAGUUUUUCAGGCCGCCGUACACAAUCUACUACCCCUUCGAAAAGGGUCCCAUCUCCCCCCGCUUCCGCGGCGAGCACGCCCUUCGUCGUUACCCCUCGGGCGAAGAACGCUGCAUCGCCUGCAAGCUCUGCGAGGCCGUCUGCCCUGCUCAGGCCAUCACCAUCGAGGCCGAAGAGCGUGCCGAUGGAAGCAGAAGGACGACCCGCUACGAUAUCGACAUGACCAAGUGCAUCUACUGCGGAUUCUGCCAGGAGAGCUGUCCCGUGGAUGCGAUUGUGGAGAGUCCCAAUGCGGAGUACGCGACGGAGACGAGGGAGGAGUUGUUGUAUAAUAAGGAAAAGCUACUCUCCAACGGAGACAAGUGGGAGCCUGAGCUUGCGGCUGCUAUUCGCGCCGAUUCUCCUUACAGAUAAAGGGGCUACGGUGUGAAGACCGGAUAACAGGACGGAC